UUAACCCACUUGCGACGGCUUCCGACAAGAACAACCUCAAGUACAAGGGAAACGUUUUCACCCCACACUUUGCCACAGCCUUGACCUCCACAACUCUGAACCAGCCGCUCUGGCUCAACCUGAACUAUCCACCUCUGCCAGUAUUCACAAAUCACUCCACCUUCCCGCAGUAUCAGGGCCUGUACCCCCAGAGGGCAGCGAGGAUGCCCUACCAGCCAGCUCAGCACCCCCAGCUGGGGUGCUACUCCCGGCAGAUGAUGCCAUACAACCCGCAGCAGAUGGGACAGCAGAUCUACUGCUCUUCCUACCUGCCCCCGCUGAGCUACAUCCCCUUCGUCCAGCCCAACUAUUCUUACCCGCAGAGGAUAUCUUCAAAACUGUCCACCAAUCCCCGAGAUCCUUCCCCCAUGGCAGGAGAUGGGCCGCAGUACCUCCUCCCCCAGGCAUAUGG